UUGGCUGGAUGUGUCCCUGUGCUGUCCGUGCCCAGCUGAAGGUGAAGUGGCCCCAAACGUGUCUCACCGAGUUCCAAAAUGUCAUCCAGCGGACUUUUGACCAUACGCGCUCGAACAUGCAAGCGCCUGAUUCAGAAAUACCUCUCAAGAACCUACACGUCUCGUCCAUCUCUCAAUGAAGUGUUCAUUGUCAGUUCAGUCCGCACUCCAAUGGGUUCCUUCAGGGGCAGUCUGGCAGCUCUUCCGGCUACAAAACUGGGUUCUGUUGCCAUAAAGGGAGCAAUAGAUAAAGCAGGAAUAAAGCCUGAAGAUGUGAAUGAGGUCUACAUGGGCAAUGUGCUCCAAGCAGGAGAAGGACAGGCUCCCACCAGACAAGCCUUGCUUGGAGCAGGUUUGACACUUGGCACUCCAGCAACAACCAUCAAUAAAGUUUGUGCCUCUGGGAUGAAGUCAAUCAUGAUGGCAGCCCAGAGUCUAAUGUGUGGACACCAGGAUGUGAUGGUGGCAGGAGGUAUGGAGAGCAUGUCCAAUGUGCCUUAUGUGAUGGCAAGAGAAACACCAUCCUACGGUGGGGUUAAAAUGGAAGACCUCAUUGUGAAGGAUGGUCUCACUGAUGUCUACAAUAAAUUCCACAUGGGCAACUGUGCAGAGAACACAGCUAAGAAGAGCAACAUCACCAGGGAGGAGCAAGACAGCUAUGCAAUCAGCUCAUACUCGCGCAGUAAAGCCGCAUUCGAGUCAGGAGUGUUGGCAAAGGAGAUUGUUCCAGUUAGCAUCCCACAGAGAGGCAAACCUGAUGUGGUCGUGUCUGAGGAUGAGGAGUGGAGGAGGGUGGACUUCAGCAAAGUUCCCAAACUCAAGGCAGUCUUUCAGAAAGAGGAGGGCACAGUGACUGCAGCCAAUGCUAGCACUCUGAACGAUGGGGCUGCUGCCCUUGUAUUAAUGACAGCGGAGGCUGCAAAAAGACUUAAUGUCACUCCACUGGCCAGGAUUGUAUCCUUUGCUGAUGCAGCUGUUGCACCAAUUGAUUUCCCCAUUGCUCCUGCAUUUGCUGUACCAAAAGUUCUGGAUGCAGCUGGGCUAACCAAAAAUGAUAUUGCCAUGUGGGAGAUCAACGAGGCCUUCAGUGUGGUCGUUCUGGCCAACACUAAAAUGCUGGACAUUGAUCCUGCUAAAGUGAACGUCAACGGGGGAGCCGUGUCACUGGGACACCCCAUUGGGAUGUCAGGAGCAAGAAUAGUAGGUCAUAUGGUGCACAACCUGAAGUCUGGCCAGUACGGUCUGGCAGGCAUCUGCAAUGGAGGUGGUGGAGCCUCUUCUAUUAUUAUCCAAAAGUUUUAGAGGGGGGGAUGCUUCCCCCUCCUUUAAUACCUUCUUUGAAAUGUGUGUGAUGAGGCCUUGCAGAGUCCAGAUUGUUUGCUCAACUCCCUUUUUGAAGAAGAAUGCAGGUGACCUAUCUACACAGCAAACAAGGACUCAACUCCUAUGACAUCACUAUUCCAAUGUUACACUCCUUUGUUAAACAAUUAGGUGGAUGAAAAAAGGAUUUAAUAUUUAACUCUGACUUGAAAUAGCUAAAUAAAUAGUUUUUAUAAAAGCAAUGUUGUAUCCAUGUAUUUUUUGACAAUGGUUGAAUAGUUGAAGUAUUUAAGUUUUGGGCUGUAUAUAUCAUUACAUACAAACAGGAAUGACUGCAGCCACUUUGAAAGUAAGCUUUUUUAUCAAUUUCUGAUGGAAAAAAAUUAUAUAUUAUCGCAUACCAGCACAUUGUUGCUGUAAGUGCAUUAAGAUGAUAGCACCCUUGUUCACCGGAAAUAAGAGCGGUUUCGAAAAGUACUACAUGGAUACAAAGAUAAGCCCUGACUCAGGUUGUGUUUUUGUGUCUCCUUUUGAUGCAUGCUAAAUUGAGAAUAUCUGUAGAUUUACAGAAUCAUUGACAAUUUCUCAGUGAACACAAACAUUUUUCAGAAUGUUGAUGAUUAUUAGACUCUCCUGCGGUUGAAUUCUUCUUUCAUAUCUUUAACAUUUGAGUGUUACUAAUUGUUCAUUGUUGGUUAUUUAUUUUUGUAUCAUUAAAUACUUUAUAGAUU